CCCUCGCUUCUUUCGCUUUUUCUCUUUUCUCUUUGGUGUGAAGUUAGAGAGAGAGAGAGAGAGAGAGAGAGAGAGAGAGAGAGAGAGAACGUGGAGGGUUGUCAUCGCCGGCGAGAUUCCAAUGGCGGAGAGCGGCACGGGCGCCGGAGAGACACUCGUCGUCGACGUCCCCAGCUCCUCAUCCUCCUCUGUGAGUGAUUUCAAAGGCUUACCGAGGUCGAACACCGCGCCUGUAAAGGCGUAUAAUACUGCCCGGCUUGAGGCAUCAACUAGCAAUUCGAAUCUGGAGAGGUCGAUUACGGAGAGGCAGAGGCUAGCUAAAGCACUGCCGAACCCAUUGUCAAAAUUGUUUAAUGAUAAGAUCUCUACUAAGAAAAAGCAUAGGAUGUUGACUCGAAUUGCCACAGUGAAGAAUGAUGGAACAGUAGAAGUUGAAUUGCCAAGCAGUGUUGAGCCUCCGUUUGAGCCUAGGUCUCCAUACGGUAAUGGUGAUGUUGUUGAUGAAGAAGAGCUGGUGGAUUUCCGGUAUAUGCGUCCUCUACAAAUUGCUAUUCUUAUUGUGGGAACACGAGGAGAUGUGCAGCCAUUUGUGGCGAUUGGUAAACUUUUACAGCAUUAUGGGCAUCGUGUUAGACUAGCAACUCACGCUAAUUUUAAGGAGUUUGUUUUGACUGCUGGUCUGGAGUUUUACCCCUUGGGAGGAGAUCCCAAGGUUCUUGCUGAAUACAUGGUAAAAAAUAAAGGCUUCUUGCCUUCAGCGCCUUCGGAAAUCCCAAUUCAAAGGAAACAAAUCAAGGAGAUUAUAUAUUCUUUGCUCCCAGCUUGUGAAGAUCCAGAUUUGGAUUCUGGCAUUGCUUUCAAAGCAGAAGCUAUAAUCGCCAACCCUCCUGCGUAUGGGCACACACAUGUGGCAGAGAAGAUGAAUAUACCAAUCCACAUAAUUUUCACAAUGCCAUGGACGCCAACCAGUGAGUUUCCACAUCCUCUUUCUCGUGUCAAGCAACCUGCGGCAUAUAGAUUUUCAUAUCAAAUUGUGGACUCGAUGAUUUGGCUUGGAAUACGAGAUAUUAUAAAUGAUUUCAGGAAAAAAAAGCUGAAGUUGCGUCCUGUCACUUAUCUAAGUGGUAGCCAGGGGUCUGCUUCUGACAAACCUCACGCAUAUAUCUGGAGCCCUAAUUUGGUCCCAAAACCAGAAGAUUGGGGACCUAAGAUUGAUGUUGUUGGGUUUUGCUUCCUUGACCUUGCAUCAAAUUAUGAGCCACCAGAAUCACUAGUAAGAUGGAUCGAAGAUGGUGAAAAGCCUAUUUAUAUUGGAUUUGGUAGCCUGCCUGUUCAAGAACCUGAACAGAUGACGCAAAUUAUUGUGGAUGCAUUGAAAUGGACUGGGCAGAGAGGCAUCAUUAACAAGGGCUGGGGUGGUCUUGGGAAUUUGAAAGAGCCAAAGGAAUUUGUUUAUCUGUUGGACAAUGUUCCUCACGACUGGCUAUUCUUGCAUUGCAAGGCAGUGGUUCAUCAUGGUGGUGCUGGAACCACAGCUGCUGGUUUGAAAGCUGCGUGUCCAACCACAAUUGUACCGUUUUUCGGCGACCAACCAUUCUGGGGAGACCGAGUUCAUGCUAGAGGAGUUGGCCCCCCUCCAAUUCCGGUAGAUCAAUUCACACUCCCAAAGUUAAUUAAUGCGAUAAAGUUCAUGCUAGAUCCAGAGGUGAAAGAAAGAGCUGUUGAACUGGCAAAAGCAAUAGAAUCAGAGGAUGGGGUCACUGGAGCUGUUAAAGCUUUCCUGAAACAUCUUCCUCCCCAGUUGCCACCGCAUCCAGAGCUACCAAUACCAAAAUCCCGACGACGUCCGCACUCUGUUUUUCACUCUCUCACACAUUGCCUACGCUUCUCUUAAUUCUAAUUUCUGUGUUCUUUAAACUUAUAUUAUAGGGAAAAAUUAAUAAUUAAACAAAACCACAUCUUGUAUCAUGUUAUCCAGGAUCUCACACACCUGAGUUAACAUGCAAGCCUCAACACACCAAUGUUCUGCUUC